GCCGGUGGGCGGGACGCGGCGCCGCCACUUCCUGCUCGGCGUGUCCCGGUGCGGCCGGCAGGUUUGGGUGUGGAAGAUAUAUUCCUGUGAUCCUCUGAAGUGGCCUGCCAUACAUACUGAGCAAGAGGAGGAGCCCUUCAUCAUUCCACUUGUGCAGGGACCUGAGAGGAGGAGGAGCUGCUGUUUGAGCUGAGCUUCUGGGGAGGACAGAUCAAAACUAGUCGCUUUCCAGAAUGUUUGUUGGAUAUGAAGAUGAUGAGGAUACUGAAGCGUAUGAAGAUGAACUUUAUCAUGAGGAGUCAUCCAGUGAGCAUAGUGUUGAUAGCGAGGUGGAAUUUCAUCUCUACAGCCAGAUCCACUAUUCCCAAAAUCUUGGAGAAAUCAGCACACUGGAAAUGGAUGACGAAGCUGAUGUUGCGGGAGUCACGGGUCAUAGUUCAGUUCUAACUGAGAAACAGUGUGAAGACGAGAAGAUCGCUGAACUAACUGAUUGUGGAGUUCUGCUUUCAGAUGACCCUGAGAUCAUUGUCUUGUCUGAUACACCAGAUGAAGACAGUGUUUACAAAAGCAAAGUAAAGAAGUCGACAAGCUCUUUCGCUCAAGGGAAAACACAUAUCCAUCCAGGAUCCUCCCCAUCAAGUCAUGACAAAGCUGCUGGAUGUAAUACCCUGUAUCCUGCUGGGUCAGGCACAGACAUUUCAAGGCAGAGGAAAAGCACUAGUGGGAAGCUUAGCCCAGUCAGUUCUGCUGGAGCUCACGCCAUCCAAGAUGUGUUGGUAAUAGAUGAUAGCUCGGAGGAGGAGAGUGUGAUGUCUGAAAGUGAUAAUGUCGAGAGUUGGAUGCUUUUGGGAGCUGGUGCAGAUGACAGAGAUGAAGAUAUAAUGUUGAACCUCGAAGGCUGUACAACUCCUGUCAGCAAAGGAGAAGUUGGUGUGGACUGGUCCAUCUCUAAUAAAGACUUAGAGGCACAGAUCUCCAACUAUGCAAGUGUGAGGCAUACCAGUAUGCGGUACUACAGAACUGAUAAAAAUGUUACCUGUAGAAAUUGCGGUAGACCAGGUCAUUUGUCCAAGAACUGCCCUAUUCCAAAGAAAGUCCCCCCUUGUUGCCUGUGCGCAGAAAGGGGUCAUCUACAGAACAGCUGCCCAGCACGUUUUUGUUUGAACUGCUGUUUGCCUGGCCACUACUUCAGGGAAUGCCUUGAGAGAGCCUAUUGGAAUAAGCACUGCAGUCGCUGCGAUAUGAAGGGACAUUAUGCUGAUGCUUGCCCAGAAAUAUGGAGGCAGUAUCACCUAACAACAAAGCCAGGACCAAUCAAGGCGGCCAGUUCUCACUCGGAGCGCUCUGCUUUAGUGUACUGCUACAACUGUUCCCAGAAAGGACAUUUUGGAUAUGAGUGCUCAGAAAAGCGGAUGCACGGGAGCAUGUUCCCUACCUCCCCCUUCAUCUACUACUAUGAUGAUGAAUAUGAUAUCAACAGAAGAGCGCGCAGAUUAAAAAGAAAGGUUGCAGAACUACUGGAAGCCGGCCUUCUGCCAGAACAGCCAGAGACACGAUGGCAGGAAGAAAAACAUGGUGGGCACAGCCGUAAGAAAAAGAGCAAGCCUGGGAGAGAACAUGGGAGACAGAACAACGACAGCAAGUGUUACAAAAAGAUGAAGAUGUCCCGGGCAGAGAAACACAGAGAAGAGGAACACAGAAGUAAUGUUGAAAUUGGCCACAGGAUGGAGGAGGACUUCCCUAGAGGGUGUAAGAAGCAGGCGUGUAAGGGCAGCAAAACCUUCCACAAGUCCAUUUACCAGCCAUUAUCAGGCAGCAAGACUGUGUAUGCGCGGGAGCCUCUGGAAGGUGCUAAGAGGAAGAAGAAAUGGAAAAAGCAGAAAGACAGUAGUCCUGAUAUCAAUGAGAAUUUAUUCCUCAUAAAACAGAGGAGGAAGAAGUCCAAACAGAAAUCCUGGUGAUGAAGAAGUAGAUGGGUAGCACCAGCAUUUGGCGGCUCUGGCUCUGCCUUCUGUUUAUUUUUGUUUGUCUCUUAGCACACUGAAUAUGGGUCUGUCCCUGAACCCAGGCGGGCAUGCCCAGGCACCAGUCACACUUCUAAUGUCCACCUCUGUUCCCGAAAGGGAGUGCUCUGUCUGUCGUGAACUAUCCGCCUGACUCGGGGCUCGUGCCUGGAACGGCUGUACUUUCCAGCAGUCCCAGAAUAGGCUGUAAGUUUAUUUUUGCUUGGUGGGGGAGUGGGGAGGGGAAGGGGCCAUGCUGGGUUUGGUGGGUUUUGUUUCUUCACUGGUGAGAUGUUGCUCUGCCUGUCAGAGCAGGAUCUGCUGCUAGGGAGCACGAUCCUUUGGAGCUGACACUGGAGAGACUCACAUUAGGAGGAGUCAGGCUGGAAGACAGGGGUCUGGAUGUAAAGCACAUUUCCCCAGCCACUCAAUCCUCUCCAGAGUGCAGCUGGGCAUUUCUUCACGUCUGUCCCUCCUGGAAUGUGCCGUGAAGGCAUUGCCUUGCACUUUGGGACUUGACAGUCUCUCGCCUUCUGCUCCAGAGCGGUGCCGUGGACCCACUGCCCUUGGUGCCACGGCUCACGGUGCCGAGCACAGGGGAGCCCUGUGCGAGCCCGUUUCUGUCUCUGCCAGGUAGUCAGCACAGCAGGAGAAAGCGGCUGAGAAAUGGAACAGAGCUGACAUAUUGAAUUACAUAUGUCCUUGUUCCCCUUGAUGUGGAAGUUGUUUCUGGGGAAAGGUAGCAGAGUAUGAAAACCGUAUUUGAUUCCAGACAUACUGUGCUAAAAUUUAUUAAUUUUUUUUAAUGAGUUAUUUUUGUACACUGGAAUUCAAGUGUGUUGUUAAAAGCUUUGUAAGAAUAAACGCUUCGUCAGAGAAACAACCCAAAUAAAACUUUACAUGAGGGAUAUAAAAAAA